AGCCAGUCGUGCGGGAAGCUCACGAGGGGGAGGUYGUAACACUUUUCCUCUUCAGGGAUCGCGGAUCUGUGACAUGGAGCUUUAAUUAAAAUCCCCCGCGGAUCGGAGAAUUUUUCACACGCUAGCGUGGAAUUUARUCGAGGAGAAUGUGAGUGAUGGUGCCGAAAUGCCCUCGUUUUGCUCAAUUUCGGGGGAAUUGUGACAGUUUCAAGUGUGUUCGUGUUGAUGUAUAUUUAGUCCACUUCGUACCUUCACACACUUUAUAUUUAUAGCUUGUACAGUUCGCGUGAAACUAAUUAAAUGGAAUGACAGUGAGGUGUUGAAUGUACUUGUCCUGAUGAGAUCAAGAAAAUGCCCCUCUCCGUUCGCAUGGCUGGCGGUUAUUGCGCUAAACUCACUUUGCUGCCCUUUAUCCCAAGCCAAGGCUUCAGUAGCAGGUGACAUCCACGGAGAGUUCGCUUCAACACUACCGGCGAUGCUGCAAUCGGACGCUUCCGACGCACCAAAUGUCCCCAGAACGGAUCCUUGUUAUCGGUUUAUAUGGGGCGACAGGGACAAACACGAGUUUUAUAGUCCGGGGUUUGAGGAUAAACCGAAUUACACCAACAACACCAACUGCGUUCGCGUCUUGGAAGCUCCUGCGGCACACUUUAUCAGGCUGGAUUUUCGGGAUUAUUUCGAAAUGGAGGGGAGUCCCGACUGCGCGAAUGAUUUCCUGGAGAUCAGGGACGGCCUUCAUGGAUACAACCAGCUGAUUGAGAAGAAGUUCUGCGGGAAGGAGUUUCCGCCAGUGAUAGAGUCCUCUGAUCGGUAUUUGUGGAUUCACUUCAGGUCCGAUGAAAAUAUCGAAUAUAAGGGCUUCAGGGCGGUAUACGAGUUCUUGCCCAGGCCCACAGGAUGGCUCGUCCCCGAUAUCCCAAUGUGUCAUCUGAAAAAGUUUCACAUGGAGGAGGGCAACCUAACGAAGAGCGACAUUCCUCCCGAGAUCAUCGAGUUUAGGAACAAAUACAAAGUGGCCACCGACUGCAUAUGGGAAGUUAGAGUCAAGGAUUAUCAAAGGAUUCAGCUCCAAUUCAAGACAUUCGCCUUGGACAAACCGAACGAAUGCGACAAGAACUUCGUUCAGGUGUUCUCAACCAACACCGACUUACCCAGCAUGGAGAAGCAGUUCUGCGGGUCCAUCGCCGACACGGUCUUCUCGAAGAAAAACGUGAUGUUCGUUCGCUUCUUCGCCGUUUUCAACUCGACGGAGAACUCCAAGUUCGAGGCGAAUUUCACGGCUUAUAGAGACAUCGACAAGCAGGGCGGCGACAAGAAGAACGAAAAGUGCACUGACGACGAGUUCAGCUGCGAAGACGACACUUGCAUCUCCAAGGAGCUGCAAUGCAACGGCAGAUACAACUGCAGGUUUAGGUGGGACGAAGACAACUGCCAGGGAGGAGUGGCCGCUAAAUCGCUGUCGUUGAACGACGACCACAUCAUCGUUAUCAUGGUCAUAUUUUCUUUGAUUUUGGCAGGAAUGUGCUUCACCUUUGUUUUUAACUGUGUCAAGAAACUAAUAAGGGACCACCAAACCAUUCAGGAGUACAUUCGUCAAAGCAGGGAGCAGCAACUCAACGAGUUGGACAAACAAGAGCCGUCGGAAAAGAAACUGGCCAAAUCGGUAUCCAGGUCGCGUUCCAACAGCUCGCCCUCGAUGAAUUCGGGCCACUUUGACGCGGCCAACGCCGCCACCACCCCCUGCUACGUACCCGGAGGCGAGCUUUUGCCCAUCCUCGUACGCAACGAGCGCAGCAUGAGUCCGCCCAACGGCGAUGCUUAUCACACCAACAUAUACACGGUGGACAACGAGCCGCUGCCCGAGAUGUGCGACAGCGCGUGCCAAACCCGCGAGAGCCUCUUCACGACGCAGGGCUACAGCUCGGGCAACAGCACGCCGAACCACAGCGUCCAUACCAACUCGCCGCCGGCGCCGUUCAGCACCUUCGGCUACAAGAAGGACGCCAAGUUCAAGGCCGAGGCCAAGAUCGAAGUGGCGUCGAAGAGGUCCAGCAAGUUCGAGGACAAGCGACGCCCCUACAGCGUCCAAACGACCAAAUCGGCCCCCGACGUCAUCGUCACGCACUGACAGUUGUCGAAGGCCGAGUGGGAGCCGUACAAACGGCGCCACCCCCGGCAUUUCCUGAGGACGACGGACAAACCCCUCCACAAAGACCGAAACGUCGACACGCAGACUUACGACGCCGAUUUCGGGACGUGAUAUCCGUGGGUGCGGGACCUCCGCGAGUGCAACUAUUGUGAUUUGGUUCUUUUGGUUCAGGUGGACCAUAAAAAGCUCGGUUCUCAUUUUCAAUCUACAGAGUGUUUUACAAACUAUGUGUCUUCCACUUUAUUUCCUCUUCUAGUCGUUUUUAGUCAAAAAUCUGUAUUUUUGUAAAGUAAAAAACUAGUUCAUUUUCAACACCUUGUAAAACACUCUGUAUAAAUUAAUUUACUCAAAAUCUCUCCAUCAUUUACUUGCCUUUCCUGUUAAAGUUUAUAACUGAGUUGAUUUUGUCAGUUUUGAUGAAUUUUAUUCAUAGACUAAAUAAAUUGAUAUGUC